CUCCCCCUUCCCUUUCCUUAAUCCCUUCCCCUUAUCCUCAUUUCCAGCCUUUCCUUUCAAGCUCUUUCCUUCUUCCUUCCUCCUUAAUAAUCCCUUCCCCUCAGUUUACAUAUUCCACCAUCUCCCCUCUUCCCAACCCCUAAUCAUCUUAUCUUCUUCUUAAACACUGUUCUCGAUCCCCUUAAUCAAGUUGUUAAUCCGAUCUCUCCAGGGCGCAAACCAAAAUUUGAUGCUAAACUUUCUUCUUCCUAGCAUUCGAGACCCAUGUCUCCGGUCGUAAGUGAAAUCCUUCUCUCCGGUCUGACGAUCAACUCCACCCUCCGCCGCCGCACCCACCUCGUUCAAUCCUUCUCCGUUUGCUUCCUCUACUGGUUCUACGUUUUCUCAUGAACUCCCUCCCCCCAAUUCCUUUGCUAAUUUCUGUAUACUAGCUCGCUUCUUUUCCCUGUUGCGAUUAAAUCAUUCCCAGAUCUGUUAAGGGGGAAAAAAAUCCUUCUAGUUUUCCAAAUUUUGUUUUGUCUUCUUGUUACUUUCUGUUCUGCGAUGGCGUCUUCAAGCUUGGGAGCUUCGUCGGGGUCUACCGGCGGCGCUCUGAUGAGGAACUCCAGCUCGGAGGAUGAUCUGAAUCUGGUUUUGAUGGACGAGAGGAAGCGGAAGAGGAAGCUCUCCAACAGGGAGUCUGCGCGCCGAUCCAGGAUGCGGAAGCAGAAUCACCUAGACGAGCUGUCGGCUCAGGUGGCUCAGCUCACCAAGGACAACGCCGAAAUCGUCGCCAGCGUGAACCUCAAGACCCAGCUCUUCCUCGGCGCCGAAGCCGAAAACUCCGUCCUCCGCGCCCAAGCCGCCGAGCUGAGCCAUCGGCUCGACUCGCUCAAUGAAAUCGUCAACUACGUCGACUCCCUCCGAUACGCCGCCGUUCCCGCUCCCACCACCACCGCCGCCGGCGGUGCUACCGGCGCUACUACUGCUCUUGAGGCUGCGGACGACUGUUUCAUGAUGAUGAACAAUGAGAACCCGUGGAGCUGCUCGGCUUUCCAGCCGGUGAUGGACAUGGUUAUGUACUGAUACAACAAGUAAUGGUAUUUGGGAUUUGAUUAUAUUUUUCUUAGUGUUGGCAAAAGGAAAGUAUUGUUCAUAAAGUCUCCUUUAAUGGCAAACGGGAGGAAUUUGCAUGCUUUUCUUUUUUCGGAGUACCAAUCUGCAAAAUGGGCACCGGCGCAAACCGCUGCAAUGAACGACGAGAGAGAAGACAAUGGCGAUUGGUUGAGUAUUGUUCUGUAUGAAUUAAUUUGUGGAGAAAAAUAAAAUAGUUGAUUUCUUCCUUGUAUUAUUUCUUGGUCAGUGUGAAUUAAGAAUUAAUUAUAUGGAAAUGAAAUCCUUCGCCCCAAAUUGUGCUGCUCUCCUUCCCUCUCUGUAUUGAUUGUAUCAACCAUUAGAGUUGGAAACGUAACAUCUUCCUGUAUCUACUCCUCGACCUCUUUUAAUUACUUUUAGCAAUCGAUAUAAUAACUUCCAACUCGAAUUUCGAAAGAUCUAAAUCUUAUAUUCGUUUUCAUUCUGUCAGCAAUCAGCAUCCUUCUUGGGUUUGGAAGGUCAUCCAACGGUUAUGCACCGCGAGGUGUGAAUCCAACGGUGUAAUAGGGCAUUCUUAGUAAACUACCACAACGAAA